AUGGAAAAAUUGUUAAACUUGAAGUUCUCAGAUGCAGCUGCGUUGCUCACAGGAGCGUCUUUGUCGUCAUCAUCAACAACUGAAAGACAAAGCACAUUUAAUGAUGAGAUCACUUUUCAAUUUGUUGUUGCGGAUGUACUCGAGCUCUCGAAUCCCGUGCAUAGUCCGUUGUUUGCAACUGCGAAUGAUAUUUUUUGGCAACUAGUUUUUGGACCUCCGAAUGUUAACGAUUCAGAGUUCUACGAUCUAUUUUUGACAGCAAUUCCGAAUACACGAGAAUCAGUAUCCGAAUCAUCAUGGAAAGAACGUGGCGGAUUGACUGCAAGGGUAUACUUGAAGAAUCAUGCUACCAGAAAAGAUAUCGUUAGUAGAGAAUUUCGUACCAAUGGAUAUUCAAUCAUGGGCACAUGGUUAGGAUUUAAAAAAAUUUGGAAGAAACCUUCAUAUCUUGAAGGUGGCAAAAUUAUAGUCGGUGUAGAAUUCAUGAAUGCACCAAAAGCAAAAGAGCACAAAUCGGUGUUAACUCUUCCAUGGAAUAAAGCUCCCAAGGAUUUGAUUGAUACUUGGGAACGGCAUUUAGGCAAUCAGAACACAGCAGACGUGAAAUUUUUAGUCAAUGAUAAACCAAUCUAUUGUCAUAUUGAUAUUUUAAAGACGCGAUCACAAUAUUUUCUGAAUUUAUUUGAAAAUGACCCAUCG